AUGAACCCUCUUCGACCCAUCAUUCAGAGCUAUCACGGAAAGGUUCUUCGAAGAUACAUCCGCAAAGAUCUCAAUGCUCGUUUCGCCGAAGUGAAGAAAAAACGAUUCUCUCUCUCUCCUCCUGAUGUAGGUACGAAAGGGCCAUCAUCGGCCAUUUCCCUCGCGAUAGACGCAUUCUUCCAAGAGAAGAAGAUAGAAGAAGUUUCUGAGACGACGGAGUUGAAUGAAGAUUUUGCCGCUACAGUUUCGCACCAGAUUCGACUCUUUCUUUUUGCGGGGACGGAUACUACUUCGAGUACACUGGCUUUUGUUUAUCACCUUCUGGCAAAACACCCCGAAGUCGUCUUUCGAUUGAGAGAAGAGCAUGAUCAAGUAUUUGGACCUGAUCCCUCAAGUGUAUCGAGUCUCUUGAAGGCAAAACCUACGUUGAUAAAUCAAUGCCUGUACACAUUAGCGGUAAUCAAAGAAACAUUGCGAAUUUAUCCACCCGCUACCAACUUACGGCAAGGAAUCACCGGCGUCUCCCUCCCAGCCCUUAACGGACAACUCCUCCCAACCGAAGGUCUCUUCAUCAUCAUAAACCACCAGGCUAUCCACCAGAAUCCCCGCGUAUGGAAACGAGCCAAUGAAUUCCUCCCCGAACGUUGGCUAGUCUCAUCAGACCACGAACUGUACCCCCCUGCUGGUGCAUACCGUCCUUUCGACAUCGGUUCUCGGGCUUGUAUUGGUCAAACGUUGAGUUUGAUCGAGAUGCGGAUUGCUUUGAUUAUGACUUGUCGGACUUUUGAUUCGAAGCCUGCGUAUGAUGAGUGGGACCGGAUUCGAGCUCGGAAUGCGGGGUGGUGGACGAAGAUUGAUGGGAUGCUUGGAUUUGGGGUGAUGAAUGAGGUAAGAGGGGAUAGGGCGUACCAGACGGAGAAGGCGGGGACGCAUCCUUCGGAUGGAUAUCCGUGUCGAGUUUCUCUUCUUGGUUGUGGGUUGUGAGUUUUGGCUUGGUUUGACAUGGGCAAAUUAUAAUCCAUGGAGUCAGUUUAUCAGUUCUUGAAAGAUCAAGUAGUCUCGCCAAUAUGAAUCAAGCUUUCUUACUCAGUUUGGACAAAACUUUUGAAUUCAACAGCUUCAAUAUACAGUUAUCUGAUACUUUUACUAAUAGAAGCGGCAAGAAAUAUCAUAUCCAAUCCGCGAGUGGCAUCAAGCGUUGA